UUCUUCCAACUCAGACAUGAUCUAUCCUAAUAGAUCUACCUCACUGAUCUUCCUAAAUAUUAUAUUUUUGAUUUGGGCGGAUUCGAUAGUUCAUAGUGUUGAGCCAUGUUCUGCAACGGGCAAUUCCACAGCAACUGUAGUGAUGGAGUCCGCCAGUCUAAUAACAAAAAAUCUCUCCACGGACAAUUUAGAGAAGAAAAAGAGUGAGGCAUCCUCUGAUUCUCAACCUAAACUAUUAAGGGAAGAAAAACACUAUAUGUGUCGGAAAUUGCAGAAUUCUCUAAUUGAAUAUGCAAGAAGUACUAAGAAGAUGAUACGGAACAUGAUGGAUGAUCACCAGUCAUCUCUAGAUUAUCUCUCCAAUCAGAACUCCACUCUUGUACAUGCUUUCAUAGCAGGGUGA